AUGUCUAAACGAAUCAAUAGCUUCUUCCAGCCCAUUCCAUCCAAAAAGCCCAAGCAGGAACUGGUCGAAGAAUGCUCGGUUACCAACCAUCCUACCUACCCCUUUGCUAUCCGCGACCUCCCCUCCAGUAUCUCCACAUCCCUGAUCAACAGAGAUAGCCCAGAAGGCAAACACAUCGCGAACCAACCGCACCUGGAUCUCCUUCAUUUCAACCCAUUCGUGCCGGCCCCACUAUCACGCCAACUGUUCCACUUCCUCCGACGCGAACUCCCCUUCUACCGCGUCCACUACACCAUCAACCGCGGCGGGCUCUCCACGGAGGUCAAGACCCCGCGGUACACGACCGUCUUCGGGGUAGACAGUACGUCGCGAUUUGCCGCCGAAUGGGGUUCGACCACCUUGCUCGAUUCGGCGUCGAACCAGCCCGCCCCGGAAAAUAAGUACAAGGUCCCACCACGACCGAUUCCCCCAUGCCUCGACACCCUCCGUCAGUGCGUUGAAGCGGCCACGAACCGCCGAGGACACUACAACUUCAUCCUCGUCAAUUACUACGCCACAGGAGACGACAGCAUCGCGUACCACUCCGACGACGAGCGAUUCCUCGGCGCGCAGCCCGCUAUCGCGUCGCUGUCGCUCGGUGGGACGCGUGAUUUCCUCCUCAAACGCAAGUCGAGCCCCCCCGGGAGCACAGCGAAGGUACCGCCACCGGUGAAGUUUGCCAUGGCAUCGGGCGAUAUGGUCAUCAUGCAGGGCGAGACGCAGGCGCAUUGGCUACACGGGGUGCCGAAGCGGCGGGGGUCGACGGGUGGACAGGGGAGAAUCAACAUCACGUUUCGGCGGGCAGUGAUUCCCGAGGGGACGAAUAAUUAUUAUCGGUAUAAUGUUGGUCAGGGAGAGAUGUAUCGAUGGUGUGAGGCGAGGGGAGAGAUGCCGACCAUGCUGAAGAUGGAUCGAGAGGCGAAGUGCAUCAACUAG